AGAACCUGGAAAACAGGACACAAGCAUCUUCGAAGUUAUUUAGGCAAAAUGAAGCUGACUCUCGUGCAUAUCUUUUUUAUAAUGUUGCUGCUCCUGCUGGGCCUGGGGGUAGGCCUGGGGUUGGGACUUCAGAUGGCCGCAGCAGUCCUGGAGGAAAGUGAUCAGCUACUGAAUGAGUUUCAGUCCAGUGACUCACAGGACAAGGCUGAAGCCACUAGGGAGGGAGCCAGCACCCGAAGCGUAGAAACCCUGCCGCUUAGCCACAAAGAAGUGGUGCAACUGGAAGAGACCAUCGUCAGUGAAGAUGAAGUUGGAGGAAACAAGAUGCUCAGAGCUGAGGCUCUCUUUCAGAGCAACAAAGACUAUCUCAGGUCUGACCUGAUGGACAGGGAAUGCAAUACCCUGAUGGCACAGAAGAUGAAGCCGCACAACCACACAUGCAUACCCCGGUACAUAUUCAUCCAUGAGGAACUAGAUGCAGUCAAAGCUGUCUGUAAGAGUCCUGCUAUUGCCUGUGACCUCAAGGGAGGCAAGUGUCACAAAAGCUCCCGUCCUUUUGAUUUGACAUUCUGCAAGUUAUCCAAACCAGGCCAAGUCACUCCUCACUGUAAUUACAUAACUUUCAUUCUUGAAAAGUACAUUUUUAUAUCCUGUAGUGACAUGAAAGUCCAGGUAACAUCUGGACCAUGAAGUAACUUCUCUUCUGCACCUACUCAUCUUUGUCUUCCUUUCCACUUCCUCUUUUUCAUGCUGUUUUCGUCCUUAGGUAUUCUGC